AUGCAGUCCAACAGUCAAGGCAGAGAAUCACAGCCAAAAGGGGUUGACAGGUCGUAUGUUCAGGAAGGGUAUGAGGCAAGCCUCUUACAGCCCGACCCCACACUCAUCCCUCUCAACUAUGUUGACAAGGAUGGGCAUACUCUUGAUGCUGCCGGCGCUGUUGGCCGAUCCUUUGUUGGUGUUACCCCAGAAGGCGCCAUUGUCCUUGGUCCUACUGUCCCUCUCCGCCCUGACGGGCCAGAUGCGCGCACUCGCAACCCCACCCCUUUCUCUGACCACAACAACCCUCCUCACAAGCUGCCUGGCCGUACUCCUCGUGCCCCAGCAUCCGACGACAAAUCUACCCGGUCUGCCUUUGACUCUAACAACUUGCGAGUUGUUGUUCAGAUGAUGCAGACCCAGCAGGCCAACCUUCAGCGAGACCUGCAGCGCAGCCAAAUCGACCCUCCUAAACUUCCUAUCCUCGCCUCCCUCAGUACUUCUCCCCUCGGUGUUGUCUUCCACCUACAAGAUCUUGAUUGCUACUUCGCCGAUUAUGCCUCUUGCUUCCCCGGUGGCGAUCGAACCUCUUCUCAUUGGCAAGUCACUCAGGCGAACCAAUCCAUUGCCAACAUCGUCACCUACCAGUACUGGUCGAUGACUACUGGCGCUGCAUGUACUUCCUGGGACCACUGGCACUGCGAGUUCAAGAAAAAGGCGCUGUUGGAGGAUUGGGAGGCGGAUACGAGGUGA